CAAUCCUAUUUUGGUGUUGUGCUCAUACAGGAAACUAGUCAACAAUACGAGUUUAUAAGGUCGUGACCACGGGCGGUGAUAUUAGCCAAGACUUGAGAACGGAUUUGGGUAAGGUUACCUCAUACGUGUUAAUACUCCUCAAUAUCAGUGUGAACGUUCGUGCCUCUGAAAUGGCGACGCAUAAUUCUUCAGAUCCGAACUAUGAUUUUUAUCUGACGAUAAUCGAUGACAAGGCAUACUGGCUGUGUUUAGCUGUGGUGGGAUUCAUUCUGGCAAUAGUUAUUAUCGUAGGAAACUCCAUUCUACUCUUCACGACGUACAGGGACCCUCGAAGGACACUACGUACUCCGCCGUCUUUCCUGAUCACGAAUUUGAGCGCGUCAGAUUUACUGCUGGGAUUAUUCAACGUUGUUCUUGUGGCUUUGAGAGAUGUCUAUCGGUCUCGACUUGAACAUAUGCCUCACGCUAUGGCGUUUAAGGCAAUCAUGUACACAGUGUUUACUUCAACUAUUUUCGCGAGCGGCUAUUCCAUAAUAGCCAUGGCAUCAACUUGUUAUGUCGCCAUCAACAAACCGAUGGAAUAUAAAACUAUUAUAACCAAGCGAAGAGUCAAGAUUUUUAUUGCAGUUUUAUGGGUGAUAUCUCUAGCGACCUGUGUUCUACCUGUGACAAAUGUGUCCGAGAAGACAUACACGCUAAUUUACCUACACACUCACGCUUCGCUGCCCGCCAUCUUGUUGACAGUCAUAUAUGUGAACGUGUUUCGCGCUCUCGCGAGACGAACUCGAGAACUUGAGCUCGGCGGUUACAACUCAAUAGCGAGUAAUUCUCUGGAAAGGAAGCGAAAUAUGGCUGUCACGAUUAUAAUAAUUCUUUCGCUGUUCUUCAUCAGUUAUAUGCCUCAAUACAUCACACUUCAUCUGCUGUACUUCUGCGAAUCUUGUCAAAGCUCGAUAACUUUCCACAAGAUUGACGUGGCAUUGUCUCGCUUUUUGUACAUUAAUUCUGCGAUAAAUCCUUUUGUGUACGCUUGGAGAGUGCCCAAGUAUCGUCGAGCGUUUAGCGACUGUUUGCAGAUUCUGUUCUGUAGAGCGAGAACUAGAUCUCACGGAACAAGUUCGAAAUAUUCAAGCACAAAGCAAAGUGAAAGAGGCGGUCCUGGAAGAUUUUUACGGAACAAGCCAAGGGGCUUAAGCGAACCAACUGCAAGUGAAAUGACAAGCUUUUAGACUUAAAUCUGAUAUAACAAAUACCCUUAAGGCAGUCGAGCGACCUUUUGACCUAUUAAGUAAUAUAAUUUAAGAAGCUACAUCAGGUAACAUCUGAUCGCCGGAGGAAAACAGCCGUUAUAGUGCAGAAGUUACCAUAAAAUUUCACCCUCUAAUUUGAUUUAAUAUAUGUACGUCUGAAAGAAAACCUCUAAUAAUCAAGAGGUUUAUCUUAACUGAGAGUAUACCAUUUUUAAGAGGUGUAACGUCAGCAAUAUUAAGAUAAGAUAGGAAUAUGUUAUUCCAUCAUGACUUUUGAGUAUAGUUAAUGCUUGUGUGGUCGUGCUAACACUAAUGUCGAGAAAGACUGCAAAGAAAAACAGUGGAUUAAAAUUUUAAAUCAAGA